UUUAAAUGGACGACAAGAUUUUAGAGUAGGUGCAGAUUGUGUGAAGAGUGGGGUGAUUUUGAUGUAGGGAGGAUCCGAAGGGGCUGGCUAAGUAUUUGAUUAAAGAGAUUAACAGUUUGAAGCAGCAGUUGAGCCAGAUCCAGAAUAAUAGUAUUGAUCAGGAUGAUAGCCGGUCGUUAAGGAAUUAUAGGGGAGCUUAUUCGAGUAAUUAUUUGAAUAAGAGUAAUUAUGGGCCAACGGAUAAGAUAAGAAAUCCCUAUCCCAAUCCACAGCUGAGCAGAUAUUGAUAUAGUUCUGUAAAUAAGCAUGAUGCAAGGAAUAAUAAUAGAAGGGAGACUGCUCAAACAACCCUUUACCCAACCAAGCAAGCGUCAGGAUCGCAGCCAAGGAUUCAGAGCAGGAAAUUUUGGAAUUCACAACAAUAAAACCCGGUACAAUUAUUACAGACCAAAUUGGGAUCUUAACUCAAGAUAUGAGAAAUCAAAGUAUGAGCCUGAAGAAAUGAGGACUUCAAGUAUAAGUAACGAAAAAUAGCUUCCAAACCUACGAUACAGAACAAGAGAGAUGAAAAACCAUUGCUACACAUGAUGAAGGAUCUCCAUAUCUAAGGAGUUUCCAAGAAAGAAGAGUUGAUACUUACAGUUACUACCCUAGAAGGGACGAAUACAGGUCCUCUGCUGAUCUUUAUAGCUCAGCCAAGAAGUCUAGGGAAGAUGAUGAACUUUCUGAGAAAAUCAAUUCGUUAAAGUCAUGCAUCCAGGAAAUUGAAAAGAAGCAAGAUAUACUACUAACUCGGAUCGAUUCUAAAAUUCAUUCUAAGCCUAAAUUCAGUUACGAGAAUGAAACUCUUCAACGGAAUGAGAAUGUGAGACCUCAUGCCAAUCCUCUGAAGAAAAAGAAGAAUGUCCCAGGACUCAUGGCAAAGGAAAUUGAAAGAAAGAUCAAGGAGAGGUCUAAAAUAAUCAAGGAAAAGUACUCCCAAGAUAAUCCUAAUGGCUUCAGAGAGGCUGAUAGAAGUCAGGAAAGGGAAGGACACAGAGAAAUGAGCAAAGAGCAUCAGACUAGUCAUCUUAAUCUUGAUAUCCCUGAAGAUAACCAUCAUGAAUCUGAAACUAUGAAAUUGAGAGAUGAUAGUUCUGAUGAUUUUACCAGGAAGAAAGUCUUACGAUCGAACCAGCAGUUUGAGACUAAUAUUUCCUUUCAAAAAUCAAAGCAACAAGAUAGCUUCCAAGAAGGCAAAGAUGAAGGGGAAUCUCCUGAAAAGUCUUUAUCGCCUAGUCGGAAUACCCUUAAAUAUUAUACGAACUCCCAAGAUGAUAUUGAAGAGGCUAUUAGUAACAGAAAGAAGAAGAUUGAAGAAUCUCGAAAGGACCGAAAGAGUAGACUGAGCUAUACCACUAGAAGUAUGGGUUCUGACAGUCAAUGCACCUUUUCAAAUUCAAAGAAUCUGUUCAUGAGCUCCACUAAGCCAUUGAAUAAAUAUGAACUUGUUAAUGAUUCCUUUGGAAGUCCUGAGAAUAAGAUUAAUAAAGCUAAAAUGAAAUAUCAGCAGGAUGAUACCGAUGCUGAAAGAGAGAGAAGAGAUAAUAAUGAUCAUAUUAUUACACAACUAGAAAUCCAGGAGAGGAAGCUAGAGUGCUUUGUCCCUCCUUCAAGACAAGAGCCAGUGCCUAUUACACUUGAGCAGACAGACCUUCCUAUGGCAUAUGAAUCAUCUCCUGAUUUGAUUAGUUUUCAGUAUGAAAAUACUACUUCUCCUCCUCGUUGUACUAAGACUCGAAAGAAGUUGUUUCACUCUCCAACACACAAGAAGGAACUAAAAGAAGACACUCAUCCUGACUACAACUGAAACUCUGAUACUCUCUCUGCAAUGAGAGCAAAGGACUUACAUUGUGGAAGAGGAAGCUCUCCCUUAAGAACAAAGAUGAAAUCCCCAAAAAGGAACAAGAGCAGAAGCCCUUCUCCUUCAAAGAAGGGUGGAGCUAAGAUAGAGUACUAUUACGACAACGGCACUAUCAACAUAAACACACCUGUAAAAACCCAGCUAGAUUUCGAACGCGCCGAAGAAACCACGCCUAAAAGUAGCCUCAUCAGUAAGCUCAAAGAGUCCAAUAAGAGCUUCAAGGAAUUCAAGAGGGCCAAUAAAGCUGCUUAUGAAGGAUUUUCAGGAAUUUAUGAAAGCAGUUCAGAGAAAUGUGAUGAUUGGGAGAUUUCGCCUGAAGUUGAGAGACAUAGAGAGAGGUUGAGCAGUAUUAUGAGGAUGAAAGAGCCAGCUAGAACUCCUCAGAAUAGGACGAAGAUAGAGCAUUGUGGUAGGAAUGAAGGAGAGACAAGGAAUGCAGCCACGAAGAUCAGACCUCAUUCAGCAGCAAUGAAUACUGCUAGAAGUAAGAAACUUCAGUCUGAAGCGAGGAUGAUGCAGGUUAGGAAGAGGAAAGAAGAGAUCUUCAAAAAGAGACAAGAAGAACUUCAAGCGAAACUACUUAAAAAGGAAUAUAAAAGAAAACUGCUCAGUCAGAAUAAUUGGGGAUAUACUCCAAAACUUCGAGAGAGCUCUCCUUUAAAGCACGAUAUAGUGACCAGUGAUCACUACAAUAUAACCGAAGGAAGUACAGAGAAACAGGAAUGGCAUAAAUAA